GCCCUGUGAUUUGGAAGCAUUAUUGGUUGGAAUAAUCAUAUAAAGUAGUUUAUUAAGUCAAUAUUUACUAUACUAUCUUCCUCCUUUUCCUUAUACCCUGAACCUCACAUCAGAACAAGGGUCCCUAAGAAAUUGUCCGCGUAAACGAAACGAUGGCAGUGGCACUCUCUCUUACUGAAAAAGCUCAGAAGCUGUGGAAUGCUUGGAGUAUUAGGGGAUUAAUGAUUGUAAGCCUCUCUCUGCAGGUCAUCUUAAAUCUGUUGGCACCAAAAAGAAAAGUUCAAAGUGGUUGGGGGAAAUGGAUCAUUGGGUUGAUUUGGUUCGUGUAUUUUCUAGCAGACUGGGUUGCUACAUCUACCAUGGGACUCAUCCUACACAGAACCAGUCCCAAAUCAGGUGGCCCUCCCAUUGACAUCAUUGCCUUUUGGACACCCUUUCUCUUGGUGCACCUUGGUGGCCCCGAUACUAUUACCUCUUAUUCUCUACAGGAUAAUGAGUUGUGGCAAAGGCACUUUCUUGCGCUCCUGUCGCAGGUUUUUUCUACUUUCUACGCCUUCUUUAAGUCCUCACCAAAUAACGAGCUUUGGCUCGCAACCAUCCUAGUGUUACUUGCAGGCAUAAUCAAAUACUUUGGGCGGACCCUUGCGCUUAACCGUGCAAGCUUUGACAAAUUAGGAAAAAAUUGGGUGCCUGUCCGCGAGAAAACUGGACUAGUCAUUCCAAAACAAUUCCAUGGCAUGGAGAACCAUCCAUCAAUAUCAGGAACUGCAGUUCUACUCUUUAGCAAUUUAAAGAGGAUACUUGUUGGCCCUCUUCCAAAAGAAAACGAACUAAAGCGAAUCAUAGAAAGGAUCAUGGUGCAGAGGAGUGAUGGAGAAGUGCUUCGGAUCUUUGAGAUUGAGCUAAGCCUCUUGUAUGAGGUUCUUCACACCAAGUUGCCCCUGAUAGAUAGCAAGAUUGGAUCCUAUUUCCGUAUGGCAAAUUUUGGUUGCAUCUUGGUUGCCUUGAUUUUGUUCUCAUUGGUCAAGAAGCACUACGAGUUGGAGUUGUCUGACAUCUUGAUAACCUAUGGUUUGCUGAUCGGGGCAUUAGCAAUGGAUGUCUUAUCUUUGAUAUUAAUUAAAAGCUCAGAUUGGUUUGCAAUUUCUCACAUCCAGGAUGGAUCUCAACUUAUCAACAAGCGUGAGUUGCCUGAUGCAGUCAUCAAAAGGCGCAGGUGGUCGAAAACAGUUUCACAACUCAAUUUUUUAACACAUCAUGUGAAAAAACUGGAUGAUCUUACUUCCGUGGGGACUUUGUUGUCCAAAGUCAUUAAUAAUUUCCAUUGUCAGUCCUUCCAAUAUGUCGAGGACUCACUCUGGAGUUUCAUUUUGAGGGAAAUAAAGAUGAAAUUUGACUGCAGGCACUGCUGCAAAAACAAAGGGGAGAAAGAAGUUUGGUUGUCAGAAGAAGAAUUUGAAAAACUUCUUGAGCCGGUCAUGAAUCAGAAGCACCAGGAGUUGAUCAAGAAUUUAACUGGAAAGUUGGAUUACACACAAACCCUCCUGGUGUGGCACAUAGCCACUGAAUUAUGCUUCCAAAACACCGACCACCGCUGGCAUGGGACAACUGAUACUUACAGAUCAAUAUGCAAACAACUUUCAGAUUAUAUGUUUUAUCUUGCAGAGAUGCAGCCCACCAUGAUGGCCGGUGUAUUGGACAAUUGGAAAGAUGAGUUUAAAAGAACAUCUAAACAGACCAGGUCAUUGGUACCCUGGAAGUCUUUCUCAAAUGAGAAGAGUGUUGCUAAAAAGAUCUUGUUCGGGUCCAAGGAAGUAGAUGUAAAAAUAGAAGAAGAAGAAGACGAAAAAAUGAAGUUAUUAUCUGAAGCAGUUGAGGUUGCCCGUGGGUUGGAACAGGAGGAUGGUUAUCCGUGGGAGGGAAUGAACAAAGUUUGGGUACACUUGAUGUGCUAUGCUGCUAUUAAAUGCAGGCCGAAUGUCCAUGCAGAUCAACUAAGUAAGGCUGGAGAACUUCUCACUUUUGUUUGGUUGUUGAUGAGUCAUUUUGGUUUUGGAACUAAAUACAGAACGUUGAGAGAAUAGUUAAAAAAACAUGAUGUGGAAAAAGAGCUGGAGGAAGAUUAAGGAUCAUUCAUGUACGUUUUCGACUUAUCUCUGCAAAUGGGUUCUUCAUUAUCUUAAAUUGUUUUUGCACUAAAUUUCUGUAUCUACC